AUGCAUAGCAAAAUCGUACGCGCACGCUCUAUCCCGCCUUCCAAGAUGCUCCGUCUGCGCCGCCGGAACAAAAGUGCUCUGCUUUCCGUUCCUGUUUGGACUGAGCUUAAGGUUGCAGGCAUAGCCGGACCGCCUAGCCGAUACGGCACCGGCACACGGUACCAACAACACCUCAAUGAACAGGCCAGACCAAAGCCGCAGCUCGGCAACCCUCUAGCCUCACUUGCGGUUCCUCGGGACGCCAUUCUCGCGGCAAUGGGAGCCACGCUAUCCAAAUUGUGGGCCUCGCUCAGGACCGCCUGGACAGGCGGUGCGACGGCCGACAGCGGUAGCGGCAACGGCAAUGGAAGCGAUGCAAAGAACACAACAACACAACAUCAUCCACGAGCACAAGAAGAAGCCGACGCCCAUCCGUCACAAAAGGACACUGGAAGCCGACCACGCUCUGGUAUUGCGAAAACUGCGGACGCUGAUACCAUCAUGGCUGGGGUUAAAAAGUAUGAAAUCACUGAGCCAUGGCUCGACACGCACUGCUCCCUCGGCGAAGGACCAUUCUGGGAGGAAGACACAAACACCAUUCGCUUCCUCGACGUUGAAAAGCAAAAGGUCUUUCGCGUAGACGUCAACGCCGGCCCAUCAAGUCUCAAGACGAUCAAGGACUACGACAUCUCCAUGGGCUGCACCGCCGACAUCGAAGGCAACCCUUCUGAAUUCGUCUUCGCUGGCAAAUACGGCUUUGGCAUCGCCAACAAAACCACGGGCGCCUACCGCUGGAUCCGCCGCGUCUGGUCCCCCACUGAAAUCGCCGCGAGCAAGCACGAAAAGUUCCGUGGCAACGACGGUGCCGUCGACUCCCAGGGUCGCUUCUGGGCCGGCUUCAUGUUUGACCCGUUGGUCACGAGCAUCAACUCCGAGGGCGCCGUCUUCCGCCUGAACCCAGAUGGCAGUCUCGAUCGCCCACUGAGCAACAUCUCGAUCCCCAAUGGCACGACUUGGAACCAAAAAGACGAUACCAUGUACUGGGCCGAUAGCCCGGACAAGACGAUUUACCAAUUCGAUUACGACCCUGCUACGGGUGCGAUUUCCAACAAGCGCCCCUUCUUCGUCAUGCCCAAGGACAAUCGCUAUGGCGAGCGAGCGGUGCCAGAUGGCCAUUGCAUCGAUGAGGAGGGCUACAUGUGGACUGCAUUGCACGGGGGCAGUCGUGUACUGAGGAUUUCGCCGCAGGGAGAAGUGGUGGCGGAAAUUCUGGUGCCGACGUUGCAGCCGACGUGCCCCUGCUUUGUGGGCGAGGAGCUAUUUAUCACGAGUGCGGGAGGUACGAGUGGAGAGGGGGGGAAGCCGGCGGAUAAGUAUGCUGGUGGAUGCUUUAAGAUUCAUGUGGGGGUCAGAGGACUGAAGAGAUUCAAGUUCAAGGGUGGGGAGGGGAUUGAGGGGGGAAAGGUGGAUGGGAAGGUCGUUGGGGAGUAG